AAAGGCAGUGUAGUCGCUGAUCAGAUCAGCUCAGAGUUACAACCAGCUGUACACAGUGCGCGUGCGAGAUAGUAUUAUUAUUAUUAUUAUUAUUAUUAUUAAUUUUAUAAUUAUUAUUACUGUACCCAGUCGGUGUGUUUGAUCCCGAUGGUGCGGACAUGAGAACAGCACUGUGGAUGAUCCUGAGCCUCACACUGCUCUCCGGUCGGAGCGAGUGUCAUGAGGCCGUCCUGCACGUCUCAGAUUGGGCCUUGCAGAGGGAGUACUGUAUGGUUUACAAUGCAUCCUUGUCCAACAUCUCCAGCUCUCUGGAUGAUGCUGUACGGUACAGGCUGGUGAACCUGACCCGGACCACCCUGUGCAGUGCGGGCGAUGUAAGCCCAAAGUCGGUGAAGGAUGCGGCCGUGUGUGUGAUGAGGGGGGAGUGUUCCUUCAGCCAGAAAGCUCAGGUGGCUCAGCAGCUUGGAGCCGCGGCGCUCCUCAUCGCCAGCACACAGCCAAUGGGCACGCCAGUAGCCAACGACAGCGAUGGUAAAGUGACCAUUCCUCUGGCGCUCAUGAGGUACCGCGACUUCCUGGACAUGCAGAAGGUGUUUUCUGAGCAGAUGGAGGUGCAGCUCUAUGCUCCGCCCACCCCUGACUUUGACCCUAGCAUCCUCAUCAUGCUCGCGAUCGCCGUCUUCACCGUGGCCAUGGGCGGCUUCUGGAGCGGCGCCGCUGAGAAGGCGAAGCAGAGUGUGACGGUGCUCUCUCCAGGAGAGGAGAAGUCGGACAGUGGGGAUCUAACCCUCUACUCCCCGCUGAAGGUGGUGCUAUUCGUCGUGCUGAUGUGUGUGAUGCUCGUCCUCAUGUACUUCUACUUCAAGUACCUGGUGUAUGUCAUCAUCGUGAUCUUCUGCUUGGCGUCCGCGACGGGACUCUACAGCUGCCUGGAGGCUCUACUGAACGCUGUGGGGUGCAGCAAACUCAGCGUGUCUUGUCAGGAGAAGAGCUUCUCUGUGAGGAACAUGCUGCUGGCUGCCGUGUGCAUCACUCUGGCUGUGAUCUGGGGUGUGUACCGAAAUGAGGACAGGUGGAUCUGGAUCCUACAGGAUGUGCUCGGGAUCGCCUUUUGUCUAAACUUCAUGAAGACCAUCACACUGUCUAAUUACAAGAUCUGUGUGAUCCUGCUUAGCCUGCUGCUCAUUUACGACGUCUUCUUCGUCUUCAUCACGCCGUUCUUCACACCCAAUGGCGAGAGCAUCAUGGUUCAAGUCGCCCUCGGCCCAGGUGGUGGAGGAGAUAAGGGCGGUGGAGGCGUGUUCAUUCCAGCGGAUCCCACGCCCACAAAUGAAAAACUGCCUGUGGUGAUGCGUAUUCCCCGGUUCGCGGCGUGGGCUGAGAAUCUGUGUGAGAUGCAGUUCUCCAUCCUGGGAUACGGUGACAUCAUUAUUCCAGGCCUGUUGGUGGCGUACUGUCACCGCUUUGAUGUUUGGAUCGGCAGUUCAAACAGAAUCUACUACGUCUCCUGCGCUGUCGCGUACACCCUGGGUCUGGUGUUGACCUUCGUGGUCAUGUUGUUGUCUAAGAUGGGUCAGCCCGCCCUGCUGUACCUGGUCCCCUUCACCCUGAUCACCAGCGGCGUUCUCGCCUGGAGGCGUAAGGAGUUCCGACAAUUCUGGGCCGGAACCACGUACCAGGUGUUGGACUCAUCCAGGGAACCUUUAAUACCAGAUGGAGACGCUGAAUAUCCCGGCGGAGUGAGGAAGUGCUGAUUAACUGGAUUAACGUGCGUGUGUGUGUGUGAGAGAGUGUGUGUGUGAGUGUGUGUGUUGAGCACUUUAAGCCAUCUGAUUUGGCUGUAUCAGGACCAAUACAGUCCUCUCUCUCUCUCUCUCUCUCUCUCUCUCUCUCUCUCUCUUUAAUAAACAACAUUAUUAUGUAUUUAAAAGAAGGCCUUAAUCACGCCUCAGGCUCCGCCCACAGCACACACCUGAUCAGAGGGUGCAGAGUUCUACAGACGGCGAGAAGACAAGGUUACCAUGGAGACCAGGCAGAAACAUCUGGAAUGUCAACAUCAUCCUCUGUCGUGUGUGUGUGUGUGUGUCCCACAGACUAGCGCUUAACACUGUGAAAUAUGAAGUAUAUAAUCCUGAUCAGGUGUGUACACAGGGUGUAACCUGGGGCCUGAAAGUGUGUGUGUUUUAUAAUGAUUGCAGUGUUUGUGUUUAUAACCAGGCCUUCAUUAAUCUCUUCUUUUUUUUUAUGCCUUAAAUUAAAUCAGAACAAACGUGUGGCGAUGCAACGCUGUGAGGGUUUCAUUCACACUCUAAUUACACACACACACACACACACACAGGUAACAAAAUGCCUGUCUUUCUGAGCUGUGUCAUUCCCUGAUUCAGGGCGGAGCCUCUUUAAACGCCUCCCGCGGUGCGAGUGAUUAAACACUGCGAUAAUGAAAGCACAAACUCGGGUCAGUUAACUGAAGGGCGUGUAAACUUUUGAGCACGUGGUAGGACAUAACACCCGCUGACUGAGACGACUGAGCUUGCUCUGACAUUUACACUGUGUGAGUUUUUAACCAGGAGGGGGUUGAUGGGCGGAGUCACCAGUACUGACCUUACGCUGAUUAGUUUUCUGUAACAGCGUGUCUUCAAGGGUGCACUUACUUUUUUGCAUCACCACCAGUACCAGCACGGUUAGCUGAGGGUUCCAGUGGAACACACUUGCGUUCAUUAAAUAAUGAGCACUGGGGUGGUGUGUGAUGGGUGAAGUUGAGUUACUGUUACCAUAGUAACAACACGUCCCUAAAUGUUUUAUUCCUCUUAUUUCACAGCAAACUGUAAAUUAUUGUUUAUCGCUUAUUAAAAAAAGAUAAAUAAUUUUAAUUGUUAAAGUUGCUUUGUAAUGUUGGUCUUUACGGUUCCUGUUGUUAUUUACCCUACAGCAGCUAUAAAAUCUCCUUCUCUCACCAGU